GUAGUACGCAUGCGCAUUGCGGAUUAAUCUCUGUCUAGCUAGCUCUAAGCGUUUGAAAUGGUUGUACGGAUAAAUAACCGAGUGUACGGUAUUUGGUGGUUAACCCAGCCAUUCAUUUAGAUACACAGAUAUAUAAUCCCAUUUUAAGGAAAACGUCUUAUCUGAAAGAGUUAAGGUUAAAAUGUAAAUGUACCUAGCUAGUUAGCUUAGCAGCAGAGACAGCUAUGUAGAAGAGAACAGAGCUAAACGCUGUCAGGAGCUCCAGCUGAUUCAGCUGCUUUUGUUUCAGAAACAACGUUUACUAAGAGGUCCUUUAGAAAGAUCACAGUUUCUGACAGGAGCAUCUUUUUGAGAAUGAAUUAGUAUUUAUCACCCAAGGCUGAUUAUUUGCUGCACAUCAUCAGAAGUUGAUCUGAUCCAUAGGACCACAUGGCAUCAGAAGAGAUGGAGGGCAUGUGCCCUCUGCCAGAGAUGACGACCAUCAAGGUGGAGCCUGCUGUAACUAUUGAGGAUGCCAGCUCCCAGAAUGUGGCCAUGGGCCCCAAAUUCAUCUUGCCAAACCGCUUUGACAUGAACGUGUGCUCACGCUUUGUGAAGUCUCUGAAUGAGGAAGACAGUAAAAACAUCCAAGACCAAGUGAACUCUGACCUGGAGGUAGCGUCAGUCUUGUUUAAAGCGGAAUGCAACAUUCAGACCUCACCGUCUCCUGGGAUCCAGGUUAGACACGUAUACACACCUUCCACCACCAAGCACUUCUCGCCGAUCAAGCAGUCCACCACACUUACCAAUAAGCACCGCGGCAAUGAGGUCUCGUCCACUCCGCUGCUUGUUCACUCUCUGUCCAUUCACCAGCUUGCAGCACAAGGUGAAAUGAUCUACUUGGCCAGCCGAAUAGAACAAGAGGCAGCAAUAAACCUGCAGGAUGAAGAGGGCUUCACACCACUAAUGUGGGCUGCAGCUCAUGGUCAGAUUGCUGUGGUGGAGUUUCUGCUCCAGAGUGGUGCAGACCCCCACAUUUUGGCUAAAGGAAGAGAAAGUGCAUUAUCACUGGCCUGCAGUAAAGGGUACACAGAUAUCGUCAGAAUGCUCAUUGACUGUGGUGUGAAUGUCAAUGAAUAUGACUGGAAUGGAGGAGCUCCUAUACUCUAUGCAGUGCACGGGAACCAUGUCCGCUGCGUGGAGCUACUAUUGGAGAACGGAGCUGACCCGACCAUGGAGUCUGACUCGGGCUUCAAUGCUAUGGACAUGGCAGUAGCAAUGGGCCAUAGACAUGUUCAGCAGGUGAUGGAAGCACAUCUACUGAAGCUGCUGCAAGGAAUCAAAGAGUGACUGCAACUAGUGAAGACAAACCGCAGGAGAAAAAGGGCACAAAAAGGAGACUGAUUAUUGCUGUGAAGAUCAGUUAGAGAAACCUGAUGAACUUUGUGCAUGUUUACAUUAGUUUGAAGUUACUGAAGCUAAUUUAAUCUUCCAUUUCUCUCUUUUUUUAAGCUACAUGUUAAAGUGUGAAGUUGUGUACUGUGGAUAUUUAUUCAGUGUUUUGGUCACUGUGUGAUAUGGUAGUGUGUGUGCGUGUGUGUUCUCUAUCAAGGAUUUUCAAUGAAAUAACUGUUCUACAAUAAAGUUGGACAGCCAAAAUUGCA